AUGUCACAUGGAAAUGGUCAUCGUCAUCCUCGAAAUUUCUUGCUUGAUCAUGCCCCACAGUUUGGGGUUAAAUUUGGUGAUGGGAAAAGUAACCGCGUUAAACAUAUUGCUGAAUGGAUAGGAACAGACCAUAAAAUGGAUAACGGUCUGACACCUUAUGCAUUCAUGGAAUAUGACGUCGAACAUCAUGAUAAUUGUUUAAAUAUAAAUUUGGAUGAAACAAUUAAAUCAGUUAAAUGUGUUGAUCAAACAUCGCAAAGUUUAACUCUUCACUUUUCUAAACAGCAAGAUUUGGAAAAUUUUGAAAGAUCCUUAGUUGUCCACUCAACAAAAUUAGUUGGUCAUUGUGAUGAUAAGCAAAUGUUUUAUCGUUUAGUUACAGAUUAUGACAUUAAUUUAACAGGAAAAAAAAUUGAAAUCUACACACGUCAUUUAUCUUUAGUACAUUUGUUUAAAAAUGCUAAUGUUAAAUUUCACUCGAAUGCAGCUCACUUAUUAGGCUCUUAUUCGGAAAAUGUCGAAAUGGCACCAUCAUCACUAUCGGCCACAACACCGGCAACGCUAGUGCGAAGGCAACGAAGUAUCUUCUCCUCUAUUGGAAAUGCUUUUAAGUCACUUGUCAAAACGGUCGUAACUGUUGUGAAACAAGUUGUGACAAGUGUGGUUGAUCUAGGAUUAAAAGCACUUGGCCUCUACAACACAGACAUACAGAAAACAGGCACCAUUGGAAUGGCUAUUACGGGUAAACUGGGCAUAAAUCUGAUUCUUAAAGCAGAAGCAAGUGGUUCAUAUUCUUAUUCAAAUAGUUACACACCCAAAGGUCUCUCAACAACGCUGGGAAGCUUCUCAUUUGUAAUUGUAAUUAUUCCAAUUAAUAUACAACUUGAUGCAGCAUUAUCAAUAACGUUUGGUUUGGAGUUUAAUAUAGCUGCUUCUGUAACAACCGGUCUUAGUUAUUCAAAAUCAGCUAAACUUGGUCUCCAAUACACAGGUGAGACAAGAGGUAGUGGUAAUUUAAGAAUAAGCAUACAUUCUAAAAAACUUGCGGGAAAAAACGACCACGUUGUUAGAGAUCCGCAUCAAGCUGGACGUCUUUUAUGGCUAAUUAGCUACAGUCAGUUUGAUCCUGCUACACAAGAAUUUCACAAACCAAGUGUGUCAGUGGAGUUGACAAGUUCAAUACAACUUGGUUUUGAAGUAUCUUUUACGGUAACAUUGGAAUUUGUUCUAACUGGUACACUGGGAUUAACUCCCUAUUUAACGUAUGAUAUUUCCGUUCAACAAAAUUCACAAAACAAAUCACAAUAUGAUGCUACUGGAGUUUUAUCAAUUCAUUUUGAUAUAACUGUGCAAGGAACAUUAGGAAUUAUGAUAAAAGGAGUUGCCAUUGGUCCGAAGCUUACCUCACCCACAUAUACAUUAUAUGCGUUCACACAGCAACUUCUCUCAAUUUCACAUUAUAUCGGCAGUGGUCCACCAAGUCCGCAAAUAACAUCAACAUUAGUUCCCGUGAAAGGUUCCAGUGCAGAUUCUGGCAGUAUGUAUUUUUCUGUAAAGUACACUCUCAGGAAACCCUUGGUACUGAUGUUUGGUUUUAGGCUUUAUUCUCUUUUCAAUGCAUGUUUUCGAAGCUUUCUCCGAUUAUAGUGUAAAUCUGAAUAGAUGUCAGUUACCAAAUUCUGAGUCUUUCUUCGAAAGGAAGUAGUCCUCAGUUCCCAUAGUUCACUGCUAUUAAUGAUCAACAAAAAAAUAUAUUUCUUUUUCUCAACCAACAUUCAGCUCAUUCUUGAGUCAAUUUUUAUUAAACGAAUCUCUGUCUAGCCUCGAUACUUAAAGUCGAAUUCGUUGGUCGCAGCUGGAACUCAAAAUCUAGGUGAUUGGAAAUUGUUAGAAAUUCAGAUAUGUACUAAGAAAGGAAGGUGUUAAGUGCCAUUGCACGGUAGAAGUAGCCAUUUCUCACAUAAGUUGUUGAAUCGAUGUCGGAGUUUUUUAUUCACACUUGUGCAAUAGGUAGCAGCGACAUACUUAAGAAAAUUCACAAAAGUUUUCCAUCGG